GCCCUGGCACAACGCGAUUUUCGUUUUAAGAAUCGAACGAAAUAAGCACGCAUCGGUAUUUUUCAUUAUUUACUUUAGUCAGAAAGAGGGGAAUUACCGUGUGAGUCAUUGAAAAUAUAUAAACUGUAAGUCCCCUUCGUAGCGAAAUCGCUUUCAAUUUUAUCGCGACGCGAAUGUGAGGACACACGCAACGGCGGACGCACGGCAAGCAGCCAGACAUCAGUUGGUUCCAUUGUCGAAUAGCUUGACGACGACGUCGUUGCAAAUAAUACACUAUUAAUAAGUUGUUGUUCAGUUUACUCAUUUAUUUGGAUUACAAUACUCCUCGCACCAUGGAAACGCCGGAUAAAGCGUUCGUCGAGUCGCAGAUAAAUGACUUUAUCUACUACUUCCUGAGGAAAAUCGAAGAGAGAUUUAUGUUUUACUUGAAUAUACUGGAGGGCAAUCCCACCGGAAGUAAACCCGUGAGCUUAACGGGAAAUGUUUUGGCAGGCGCCGCUGCGAUCAUACCGUCUGUUGGGAAAGCCGUGAGCGAAGGGAUUAAACAGAGCGAUGUCUUCAUGGCGAAGAAAACAGACAAGGACGAUGCAUUCGUCCUGGCCGACAUCAUUUACUAUCACCGGAACAACAGUGAAGAGGUGAGGAACAUCUUGAUCGAAGCUUCUUACGAGAUCUUCUGCUGCUACGAGAUGCAGUUUCUGCGGUUGACCUGCAACGGAGGUCCAACUAGAGCCAUGCAGAAGUUGGGAGAUGAUGCAGCUCAACGCUACAUCAAUUAUCUUAAGAAAAACAAAUGCGAGUCUAUCAACAAUGAACUUGUUAUCAAGAGUAUCGUUUUCGAUAAUUCAACCUUCCUGAAUAACUUAGGUAUUAUUAAAAUGGGACACACGGUUAAAGAUGAGCGAAACAAUUCGUGGAAAAGCGCUAAGAUUUACACGAAAGUUGGUUUGUACGAUAAAGCCACGAAUACCUUCUACAAAAACAAGAAGUCGAACACCUCAGCUUAUGGGCACAGAUUAAGGUUUUCCUAUGAAUCUAAUGAAGACAUCAUCUACGAUUGGGAAAAAGACGACGUUGUCUACAAUUACAAUUAUAUAACCAAUAUUAGCAAUUUAGAAACUGAUUUCGAUGAGAUUCUCAAAUAUAUACUUUUGAAAGAUCCAGAAGAAGCUGCGAAAGUGGAUAGAGAAAAUAAGCACGAGGAAACUUUGAAUGCUUUGAACGAUAAUCACGAGGAAGCUAAAGAUGACCGAGUGGUAAAACAUGUUGAAGCCAAAGAACAUCGUGAGGAGAUUCUUACAGAUCUGAAAACGGAGACGCAGAAAAAUCACGUCGAAGUUACAACUUUACUUACUACGAUCGCCGAGAAACAGAACGAAAUCGUGCAAAACGAGGAAGCAUUAAAGAACGAACUAAGCAAUAAGACAAGUCUAGUAGUCGUUGAGGAUAUUGUACAGCAGAAAAUCAAAGAGAGAGAGGCUGAUGAUCCAAAGAUUGUUAUUAAAUUAGAUAGAGAAGGUAUUGAGAGGGAAUUGAAAAAACUGGAUUUUACCAAUAGCAGUGAUUUUAAGAAGAUUAAGGAUAAAAUAAGAAAAUUUAGAUUUUAAUUGAUUGUCAUAUAAUUAUUAUUAUGACCGCUUGUGAUAAAGUA